AUGGAGCUGCAACCCACACCAAUAAUCUCAAGGCUACACCGUCACCCUCCAGGCUACACCGUCAUCCUCCAGGCUACACCGUCAUCCUCCAGGCUACACCGUCACCCUUCAGCCUACACCGUCACCCUCCAGGCUACACCGUCACCCUUCAGGCUACACCUCAUCCUCCAGGCUACACCGUCAUGUUCCAGGCUACACCGUCACCCUCCAGGCUACACCGUCAUCCUCCAGGCUACACCGUCAUCCUCCAGGCUACACCGUCACCCUUCAGCCUACACCGUCACCCUCCAGGCUACACCGUCACCCUUCAGGCUACACCGUCAUCCUCCAGGCUACACCGUCAUCCUCCGGAGCUACACCGUCAUCAUUCCCAAGCUACACCCAUCCCACCCCUCCAGGCUUCCCGUCAUCCUCCAGGUUAUACACCGUCAUCCUCCAGGCUACCGUCAUCCUCCAGGUUACCGUCAUCCUCCAGGCUACCGUCUCAUCCUCCAGGUUACACCACCGUCACCCUCAGAGCUACACCGUCAUCCUCCAGGCUACACCGUCACCCUCCAGGCUCUGCGUCACCCUCCAGGCUACACCGUCACCCUCCAAGAAGCUACACCGUCACCCCUUCGAGCCUACACCGUCAUCCUCAGAGCUACCAAGCCAUCCUCCGGGCUACCUGCAUCAUCUUCAAACUACCGUCACCCUCUGAGCUUUACCGUCAUCCUCCAGAAUUACACCGUCAUCCUCCAAGGCUUCACCGUCAUCCUCCAGGUACACCGUCAUCCUCCAAACUUCCACCGUCAUCCUCCAGAAUUACACCGUCACCCUCAAACUACCGUCAUCCUCCAGGCUACACCGUCACCCUCAAACUACCGUCACCCUCAAACUACACCGUCACCUCCAGUUACCAUCACCCUCAAACUACCAUCAUCCUCCAGGCUACACCGUCACCUCCGGAAUUACACCGUCAUCCUCCAAGCUACACCAUCUUCCUCGACUACCGUCACCCUCCAGGUUACUCCGUCAUCCUCCAGGCUACACCGUCACCCUCCAGGCUACACCGUCACCCUCCAGGCUACACCGUCACCCUCCGGGCUACACCGUCACCCUCCGGGCUACACCGUCACCCUCCAGGUUACACCGUCAUCCUCCGGGCUACACCGUCAUCCUCCUCACGCCUGGAUAUAA